GGAGGCUACCUUUCUACCACUCCAGUGGCUGUCAAUAGCAUUCCAAGCUUUAAGGCAGCUGACCUGGUUAUCCAGCUUUCUCCCACUUCAAAGACCAAACUGGACGUUUUUGUAUUUGGGACUGUCUUCACUGACCACAUGCUGACCAUAGAGUGGAGUGUAACCGAGGGCUGGCAGGCUCCGCUCAUCAAGCCCUUUGGGAACCUGUCACUCCACCCAGCCUGUUCGUCACUACACUACAGCAUACAGCUGUUUGAAGGGUUGAAGACAUACCGUGGGGAUAACAACCGACUGCGCCUCUUCAGACCGAUGCUUAACAUGAACCGCAUGGCCAACUCUGCUAAAAGUCUACCUGCCUUCGAUCAAUCAGACUUGCUGGACUGCAUCAUGCGACUGGUAGAGAUUGACCAGGGCUGGGUCCCUCACUCAGCCUCAGCCAGUCUGUACAUUAGACCAACAUUUAUUAGCACUGAG